GUGACCGGGGAGAACGUACAAGGGCAUCUAGUGGAAAGGUGGAUAAUAGCAAGAGACUCUAUAUAGGAAGUAAACAGAAGUAUUUUGUAGAGUUGUUCAUCGAGCGUUUCUGCAUGACAGGCGGAAACAGUCCAAUAGGAUAUUUAAAGGCCUACCACACUAACCUUUACCUGUCUGCUGAUCCAAUCAAGGUUCGAGAAGCUCUGGAGGAAGGUAUUGCAGCAGCCACCAUGUUCACCCAGGAGAAGAUCACAGAAGUGUCAGAGACUCAGCUGCGUGUUGCCUUCGAUGGAGAUGCCGUCCUCUUCUCUGAUGAGUCGGAGCAAAUUUACAAAGCCCAUGGACUGGACAAGUUCUUCGAGCACGAGAAAGCGCACGAGAACAAGCCUCUUGACCAUGGACCACUGAAAGGAUUCUUGGAGGCUUUGGGAAAGCUGCAAAAAAAGUUUUAUGGCAAAGGCCAGCGCAUGGACUGCCCUAUCCGGACCUACUUGGUGACAGCUCGCAGCGCAGCCAGUUCUGGUACCAGAGCCCUAAAAACUCUGCGCUCUUGGGGUCUGGAAAUUGACGAGGCUCUGUUUCUGGCAGGGGCACCCAAAGGCCCCAUGCUUGAGAAGAUCAGGCCGCACAUUUUUUUUGAUGACCAGAUGUUUCAUGUGGAGGGUGCUGCAGAAAUGGGGACAGUAGCAUGCCACGUGCCCUAUGGGAUAGCUCAGAGAAUCACCAAGACAGGAAUUAAAGACAGAGAGACGUCUUCAGAAACCAAAUAGACUGGAUGCGUCUGUGCAGAAGUACAGGAGCCCAAAGGGACAUUUCAUUCUGGCUUUUAGCAGCAGAGGAUAUAAGAAGAGUAUUUCAAACCAUAAAAGUGUCCUGACAUGGGUUGAAAAGUAAGAAAACCCCAAAUGAUGCAAUACGUGUAGGCCUAUAUGAUAUUAUAGCCAUGUGAUGUCACUUUAACUGUAUAUUAAUUAUUUCUGCCGAUUAAUGAUAUUUGAGUUCAGAGGGGUAUUUUAUACAUGUUUUGUUUCUUUAUCAGUUCAUAAAGCUCAAAACAUCCAAUUCUAAACCAUUUUAAAACACCUACUAAGUUCUAACCAUGACUUCACUUAUACUUUAGAAAACGUUUACUAAAGCUUUCUUCUGGACUUGAAAGCUCUUUUAUUGGAAUUAGGUAGAACAUGUUUGUGUUGCCAGUUUGAAAAUUUUCAUAUUCUAAUUGGACCAUUUUGCCAUAUUCCCUGGAAAAAUACAAUAUGAUAUCAAUUCAAAUGGGCAAGUUACCGAGGAAAUCAGUAGUCAAAGUCUGGAAGUCUGGGUUAGCAUAUGAGAAGUCACACAGAUCAACUGAAGGCAUCACUUUUUAUUCAGAUUCAUAACUGUGAUCACUUUACUGCUUAUCUGUGACUAUUUGAAACUGGUGCCUUUUACUUGCUAGUUAUGGACUACUUUGUCAGUCUUGCAUGUUGUUGGCAAAUUUAUGUUGUAAAUGUAGUUGUUGCACUGAUGUAUAUGAAUGUAUUUUAAGAUAGCUCAAUUGGUAAAAUAGUAAUAUAAUUGAAUUUAUAUUUACUUUAAAAUGUAUGAUGUUACUAUUAUGUACUACAAAUUAUUUAUAUAUUAAUGUUUUUAGUGUGUUCAAAAUUAAUUUCUGCUUCUUGUUGCUGAAGUGCCAAAAGUUUGCUGUCUCCCUUGUCGUUGCCUGUGUGUUUAUUUUGAAAUGAGUUGGCUCAUUAUUGUUGCUUUCCUGUUGUUGAUUGUGUGUGAGUGUGAGGCAAGUUUGAAUUAUUUGCUCACAUUUGGAAUCUGGCUAGUUCUGGGCAAAAAGAGCACCGUGGACUGUUAUGCAAUCAAAUUUUUCUGUUUCCAGACUAAAGUAAAGAUGGCUGCUUUAAAA